AAAAACAGUUGGUUUUACCAUACAUAAAUUUAAGUUUGAAAUAAUAAUCUUUCAUUUUGUUCAAAGAAACACUAUAUUCAUUUUAGUAAAGCAAUAAUAAUUAAUAUUAUUUAAUAAUAUUGGAAGAUGAUUAAAUUAGUAUUGUAUAUUACUGGUGUCCUGUUGAGUUUAAUUGCGCAAUCACUAGCCAAUGGAUGUUUCUGUUUUGCACGCAAAAGAGAAAUUUAUCACGAGAUUGUUCCAAUAUAUAACCUAAAUGAUACAAUAAAAGAGGAUGCUGCAGAAAUAUCUACUGAUAAUGCAGAAAAUACUUCAGAAGAUUUGUCAUGUCAUAUUUGCGAACAAGAGACAAACUCAGUUACCUUAUCCCCCUGUGGUCACAUUAUAGGAAACUAUUGCGCAAAUAAAUUCUCAAGAGUUAAACGGAUAUGUCCUUUUUGUAAUAAAUAUAUAGACGGUUUUAAAAACUUAGUUGAUUUGGAUGAUUGUGAAUUUGAUAAACGAACCAUAUACCGAUUUCGUGCCCUUACUGAAAUAGAGUUUGGUCGUUUAAAGGAUAGUAUAGAGAAUGGUAUGACUGACGAAGAAUUUAUGGCACGUUUUUGGUUUCUUCGACGUUGCCAAGAACCUGAUAAACUACUGCUGGAAACCAUUAAAGAUUUUUUUAUGAAUAAAAAUCAUCGUAAGAAUAUUGCAGAACUUAAGGCUCAUCUUUUGUCUUCAAAGUCUUCCAUAACUUCAGAACUAGAAAUGUAUAAAAAAACAUUUAAACAAGAGAUAUCUGAAUUUGAAACAACAGCAUUGGAAUUUUUUUUUGAUCGAAUAAAUUUAUAUGAUAAAUACCAUGAAUUUGACAUACGAAAGAUGUAUUUGAAUUGCUCAUAACGUAAUUAUUUAUUGAUUUAUCAAACUAGUUUUUAUAAAAAAAUACUGUUUAUAAACACUAUGAAUUUUAUACCUAUUUGCCAUACUAAUCUUAAUAUUUAAACAAAAUUAUUAUUGUUUUGGUUUCAAAUGAAUAACUAAGUCUGUUUUGUGUAUACAAUUUUAUUUAGAGUUUCACUAAUUGAAAAUGUUUAGUAAGCGAAUAAAA